AUGUCGCCUCAGUUUCCUGGUGCUCCUGCUGAAGGUCUGGGUCAGAGUACUGGGCUCUCUCUUCCAAGCUCUCUUGCGGCUAUGGAAGGACUUGCGCCGGUCUCUCACGAGCAUGCCGAGAGUGCCUUGCCGGGAGAGCAGGAGCAAGGAUUCCACUUUGACAAUGCUUUCUUCGAUCCAGACGAGAUGUCAUUUGACAAAGAGCCCACUCAUCUCCCUGAAGACGUUGACUGGGAGACAUUCGAUAAGACAUACAGGACUCCUCAUGAGCAAGGCGCCAAUAACUUGUUCGAACACCCAAACCUUAACCCUACUUACAAUGCCCGCGGCUAUGGGAACGUUGAACAGCCAGCCAAGGCUCAUGGUGACGAAAGCCCGUACGGGAUCUUCGAAAGGGCAGUUGAGGCUCCCAUCAAUGGUCACCUCGCUGCUGACUUGAGAAGGCGCUCUAAGUCUCCCAUUCCUCCUCAUAUUGCUUCUGUUCUUGCGGAAUCAUCUAUCAAGGACCACAACAACACACCCAAAGCCCAACACAUUGAACAAGCAACUGCGUUUCAUGGCGUUGGCAACUUCAAUGCUCAAGACCACGAACAGAGGGACGAGCUUCCCAGCUAUGGCAACCCCACUGCUCAGCACCACGAUGAAUCAGUUGAGUACAUCGAUGUUGGCAGUUCCAACGUUGAGAAACACACGGACACAGUUCAUGCUUCCGCUGUUGGCACAUCUGAUACUUAUCACGACGAGGAGAUGAUCGAAAGCCAGCCAUCCCAAAGCCUCGAUGCUGGCACUCCCGUUGCUCAAGCCAACGUUCAACCUGUUCAAGAACCUGCAAAGAAAACUACUCCUCCCCUUGCCAGACAAUCGGACGGAGGUAAUAGAAGAAAUGGCAACCAAAGCCAAAACUGUGCUAUGGGCGAGCCAAUCCAUUCAGACUUAUCCGGAGAGAAAGAUGAGAGCACUCAAGAACAGUCCUUGUCCCAAAAGAAAUCGGGUGACAGUACUCCUCCCGCAGCAGAUCUUGAGGACGUCAUUGAUCCCGCCCUCAAGAGACCGUUUGAGAACGUUGCUCCCGAUUCGGAGUUCGCAAACAUGACCUCUACCCCGGCUCACGACACCGAACAUGCAUACAGAACCCCUGCUGACAGCCAGGAGGCACAGCGGGCGUAUCCCUCCGACAGCCAGGGUGUUAGAACUUCGUCAGUGCAAGAACAGCCCCAGCAAUAUCUGAUCAAUCCAGCUGUUCUCGAUAAUCCUACGAACAAUCAGGCACACCGGGUCCCACCCAUGCAACAGUGGCAACGUCGAUCUUCGAACUCCGCUGCGGCUCCCAACCUUGUUGAGCAAAGCCAGGAACAUCCUGCGCGGGAUACUUCAAACCAGCAGCAGCAAAUCUUAUCGGAGCAAGCCCAGCAGUCUUCGCUUGGUUCAGCCCUUGACAGACGUAAGAAACCGUCAGCCGUGGACAAAGCUUUUCCGCAAAUCGAUACAAUAGCCGGCUUGCCGAGCUCUGAAGAUCUCAUGAACCCCGAGUGGGGCGGAAUCGAGAUCGAAACGACAUACGAGUCGUUGGAAGACGCGAAGAGAGUGCUCUAUCCUCCUCCCACAGAACCGGGCCGCGACCCGGACUUGGUCGUAUCGCAACCUCAGAAAAGAGCGAUCGUCAGCUCUUUUCUGAGGGCAAUGAAGAACCUCGAGGAGGUGGACGAUCAGCCGAAGACGGCGACUGUGUGGAAAAACGCCAUGGAAAAAAAGAAGGGCCCUGUGCGACUCGAGGCCGCUUGUUGGAAUCUCUUGGAAGCGAUGAUCGAGUAUCAUCGCACGGAGCCGUUGCCCAAAGCCGCGCCUCCCAAGAAGAGGAAGAAGGGGAAAAAGGAGAAAAAGGCCGAGGAAGAGGAAGAGGACGAGGACGACGACGAUGAGAGGAUCUCAGAUCCCGCCGCAGCCGGGGUGCUACUUUCCUUCCCGGACAGGGCUGCGGCCAUUGUCCGGAUACUUCAUGCCAGCAAGUCCAUCUGUAAGCGGAUGUUGGACAUGGGUGCCAAUUACAUCCGCGAAUUCGUGAACGCCCCGCUGCGUUGUCUGAUCCGGUGCCGCUCGAACCGGAUUGUCAACACAAACAAGGGAGAACAGAUCCAGGAGGGAAAGGCCUCGGUGAAAGCAAAGGCGCAGGCGAAGGCGGAGGCAGAGGCAGAGGCAGAGGCAGAGGCAGAGGCAGAGGCAGAGGCAGAGGCAGAGGCAGAGGCAGAGGCAGAGGCAGACGAAGAUUCUGCCGAUGAAGCCGAUGACGUCGAGGACGCCGAGGACGCCGGAGACUACUCUCUCGAUCUCGAAGAAGACCUGGACGAUGCUGUCACUUCCCCGCAUGCUUCAGGCAAGCCUGGUCCCCCUUCUGGUUCGGCGGCACCGGGUCAGUUGAGCUACCCGCCCAACGGUUUUUCCAUGCAAGGCCUGAACUAUACCGGACACAACCACGUCAAUCCCGGACACAACCAGGUUAUGAACAAUAACGGGCAUUACCUGGGCAUGCCGUAUCCCGCACACCCAGGCGUGUCCAAUACCGGCCCAAUUCAACACACAAACAAUACUGGACAAUUCAUACCUACAAACAACACUACUGGACUUCAUCCAAGCAUGAAUGACACACUGGGCAUGCUUCCCAUGAAUCCUGCGCUGAACCCCCCUGGUCAGCCCUAUGGAUCGUAUGAGCAGCUCGGCAUGUCUCCUGAAUUCAGUGCAACCGCUGCUCAGAAUGCUCACACUCAGAAUUCUCACACUCAGAAUUCUCAGAUGGCAUUCGUCAAUCCUCAGCUGUGGGCAGACGUGGGUCUCCAGAUUCCCCCGCCGCCUCAACAACGCCUUCCACCCCCAACUCAUCAUCACCCGACUUUCACUCCCGCUUCAACGGCCGCUCCGAAUCCUGUCAUUUCAGGAAGCAUGGGACCGAGCCAUGGUCAACAGCCAUCAGGCCCUAAAAAGCGCGGCCGCAAGCGAACCUCAACCGAGAUUGGCGCUGCUGAGGCCUGCCCUCCUACCAAGAGACGGCGUUAG